AGCCAAGCCAAAAACCCAAGCCGGGAACAGUUUUCAAACGCCUUAAAAGCCCGAGCCGGAGCUGCAAACGGUUUAGUUCCUCGCCGCAAACAAAACUAGUCACAACAACGUGGAGCGGAAGCCAGCAGCCCCGAGUGAACCAGUUAAUAGCCUGAAAAGAGUCUCAGAAAUAGAGAGAGAGCGCGAAACACCAGAAAGCUUUUGGAGACAGGAGCAAGUUUUCCAGACCCAAAGUGAACGUAGCUUUCGGCGCGCUGAAACCACACUCGCUUGGUAUUGAUUCAUUGCCAGCGAGCCACUGAACCGCCUCGCAUUCCGCGAAUACCAAACAUAAGUCAGCCGAAACCCGAAAAUGCUGCGAACCUUUGCCAUUCUGCUGCUGAUCGUAGUGGCCGUAAAUGCGAGAGCUGCACCACAGAGAACCACCGUUUCGCCGGACUAUGAAACCACCGAGGACGUGGAGGUGGUGGAGCAGUCCACCUACAUGGCCGUUGAGGAGGGAACCAUCACGGUGGACGUCGACUCGGACGUGAUCCUGACCACCAGUCCCGAGGGCGAGGCCUUCACCGAGGCCAGUCCGAUGGGUCUGACGGAGGAACCGCUUCCGGAUUCGGUGGUGCAGCAGCUGGAGAUGGAGCGCGAGCAGGAGGAGCGGCUGAAGAAUCCCGAAGAGCCAGAAGCGGAACAGGAGUCGGAGUCGGAGAAUGAGGAGCUCGAUGCCACAACCACGGAGCCACCCAAUCCCAAUAACACAGCCAGCACCAAUAGGCGCAGCUUCAAGUUUGGAGCAACCACACUGCCACCAAGUUUCAUCACAACCACCGAAAAAGCCACCACAACUAUUGCACCGCAGGAGGUGACCACUUCGCCUCCUUCGGAGACUGAGGAAACCACCGAGUUCCAGGAGGUGCAGACCAUGAGAAACUACUUCGAGCGAAAGCCAGCGCCAAUGGGGGAAAUCGAUUUGGACAUGGCCGAAAACCGAAUGGAGACCACCACGAACACGCCGGCCCAGGAGCCCAUGGAGCUGUCCAUGAUCAUGACCACCGAAGCCGCUUUGGUGGAGGGCAGCCCCAAGCCGAAGAGUGAGGGCGAUCAGGCGGAGUCGGUGGAAACCACAGUGGUGCCGCUCUACCAAUCUGUUAGCAAUGGAGCUCCCAUCGUCACCGAGCCACAGCCUGAGCACUCUACGGUUUUGCCAGAAGUCCAAGAAGAAGUUGCCUCCACUGAGGGUUCAUUGGAUGAAAUUAAAGAACUCCUACUGGUUUCGUCCACCCCAGCCCCCGAAACCACCACAGAGGCUGAGGUAACCACAGCUCCAGCUCCCAGCACCACAACCACCACAACCACUGAGGCUCCUCUGCUGACCACCAACGUGGAAACUCUGCUUAAUUUCCAGCCGGAGACGACUAAUAGUGCUCCGGAGACCACAACUACCAGUGUUCCACAGACCACUACUAGCUCCACCAGUGCUCCAACCACAACGAGUACCACCAGCACCACCAGUGCUCCAACCACGACAACCUCCACCACCACCACAACUACAGAACGCCCUGUUCAGACGCGAGCUCCACGGGUGGAGCGGAUCUUCAACUCGGACGGAGUGGAGGUGCUCUACGGUUACUCGUCGGUGGUGCGGACCAACCGCUCGUGAGUGGUGCUGGUGGCUGCCCCACCGAGAACGCGACCUUGUCAAGGUCGAACAACUUGCCAUAAUGCGGAGACGGGGAGACAUUGAGCGAUUGAUGCUCGGUAGGUUUGUUUUAGGCAAUUUUCAAUUCUAAACGAGUUAUAAACAAAAAUAUUUAAAUUUCAUCCGACGGGCCCCAACACAGUGUGAUAAACCAAAAAAUAUAUAACUCUGCGUAAGUUGAUAUCGAUACAGACUCAAGUCCGCAGCGACAUCAAACAAAACAAAUAUGAUAUUGUGCAAAAUUGUGUACGGUCUGCCAAAUGACAAAAAUGAAGAGAAAUGCUAGAGAUAAACGAUUUUAUAAAUUAUAAAUAAAACAUGAACACCAAUCUUC